UUCGGGGUGGCGGCGCCGCUCCGGGGGCCGGACACGCCGCGGGAGACUUCGUCCGGUUCUUAAGCUCAUUCAAAAACCAGCGUGGGGCUGGGCAGAAAAAGAAAUGAAGGUUCUGAGGGAGCAGAAAUUUCCACUAGAAUUGGGAUGAAAUCAGCUUUGAGAACGCCGCUGGCAACGGGAAAACAAAAUUGCGUGUGUGAGUUCUUUUUUUCCCUCUGGCAGGUUGGCCGAGUCAGAUGCCUGCACGCGAGGCGAGCUGCCUGCCCAGAACACCCAAGAUUACUACGGGGUAAAAAUGGGCUGAGCUGUUUCAAUCUGUUGCAGAGAGCAAAAUGCGGCGCAUGUGGUCCAGGAUAUGCAACGCCUCUGGACGCCAUGAAAGCUUCCCGGGAGGAGAUUGUGUACGUGCCCUGUAUCUACAGAAACACCGGGAUCGAGAAGCCCGACUACCUGGCCACCGUGGACGUGGACCCCGGCUCCCCGCGCUACUGCCAGGUGAUCCAUCGCCUGCCCGUGCCGAACCUUAAGGACGAGCUCCACCACUCGGGGUGGAACGCCUGUAGCAGCUGCUUUGGGGAUGCCACAAAGAGAAGAAAUCGCCUGAUUCUACCAAGCCUGAUCUCUUCUCGAAUUUACGUGGUGGAUGUGGGAACGGACUCGCGGGCUCCUAGGAUCCAUAAGAUCGUUGAGCCAGUGGAGUUGUUCUGGAAGGGGAACGUGGCUAAUCCUCACACCUCGCACUGUCUGGGCAGUGGUGACAUCUUGAUCAGCUGUUUGGGCGACCCUUCUGGCAAUGGAAAAGGUGGCUUUAUUCUGCUGGACGGAGAGACCUUUGAAGUGAAAGGGAACUGGGAGAAUGGGGAAAAGGUUCCUCCCCUGGGUUACGACUUCUGGUACCAGCCGCGACACAACGUCCUGAUGAGCACCGAGUGGGGAGCCCCCAAAGCCUUGGCAGACGGGUUUAACCCCGCUGACGUAGAGAGAGGGCUUUACGGCCGCCGCAUUAACGUGUGGGACUGGAGCUCCCACACCUACGUUCAGGCCAUUGACCUGGGGAAGGGCUCCGUCCCCCUGGAGAUCCGCUUCCUCCACAGCCCCGACGCCGCAGAGGGGUUCGUUGCGUGUGGCCUGAGCAGCGAGGUGCAUCGGUUCUACAAGACGGAGAGAGGAGACUGGGCGGCAGAGAAGGUGAUCGAGGUGCCCAGCAAGAAGGUGCAAGGAUGGCUCCUCCCGGACAUGCCUGGUCUCAUCACCGACAUCCUCAUCUCGCUGGACGACAGGUUCCUGUUCUUCAGCAACUGGCUGCACGGCGACAUCCGCCAGUACGACAUCUCCGACCCGCGGCGGCCCCGGCUGGUGGGGCAGGUGUUCCUGGGAGGCAGCAUCACGGCCGGGGGGGCUGUGACUGUGCUGGAAGACAAGGAGCUGCAGAGUCAGCCGGAGCCCUUUGUGAUCCAGGGGAAGAGGGUGCCGGGCGGACCCCAGAUGAUCCAGCUGAGUUUGGAUGGGAAGAGGUUGUACGUCACCACCUCUCUCUACAGCGGAUGGGACAAGCAGUUCUACCCAGAGCUCAUCAAGGAAGGCUCCGUUAUGCUGCAGAUCGAUGUGGAUACUGAACGAGGUGGAUUGAAGGCGAAUAAAAACUUCCUGGUGGAUUUUGGGAAGGAGCCUGGUGGGCCUGUGCUGGCUCACGAGAUCCGUUACCCCGGUGGAGACUGUACCUCCGAUAUCUGGAUGUAAUUGCUGCCUGGAGCCCUUUUCUGUUGUCUUUUUUUUUUUUUUUCCUCCUUUCAGUCUUUUUUUCUCUUUCUCCCUCUCUCUCCUCCCUACUCUCCACUUCUCUUUUAUGGAGGUGAGUCGGGUCAGCUGGAACUUUGUCCCCCAUCUGAAUUUCACUUCCAUCAGGGUGAGCCGCAGGAGCUCCCCUUUCCUCUCAUUCUGAAGCGGCCAAGUGAAUCCCUCCGAGACACGACACACAUCCUCUCCUCCGCGCCUUCCCCCUUCACAAGGUCCUGUGUAACCCCCGCUGACUGCUUCAAGGCCAAGGUCACCGGCCUUUAAGGGCUCUUUGCCUCCUUCGGUGCCGCUUUGCCUCCCUGUUUGCCUUGGGGCUGUUUGCUGGUGGAGAAGCUGUUCCUAAACAACCCCGUGCGAAGGACACGGCCGCGGGCCUGGCCCAGAGCGUCCUGCCCCCGCAGAGCUUCGCCUGCUCAUAAAGUAAUCCGUGCUUUACAGCAGACACAGCAUAAAAAUCAUGUGCAUCUAAUCUGAAGCCACAUGUUUCUGGAGCUGGGUUAUAUUUUAACGUUUGUGCACUUAUAAAAAAAUCAACAAUAAAGUCAA